AGUUGCCUUCUGUUCGGGCACAGAGAGCUCCAUCUUUCCCGCAGAGCUUGUGUUAGUUUCCUCCUGUCCGCCGGGUCCCAGUUAACAAGAUAAUUGGAUUCCGCAGAAGCUGCCACAUUCACCCUCAGAGAGCGAAAGCGACUCUCCCUUCUCGGCUUCCCGGCUGCCGGGCUCCGAAUAUUUGGGGCCUGCCAGAGGUGUGGGCAGCCAAGGCCAGCCGUGACUCAGCCAGGCGGGCGGGGAGGCAUUGCGCUCUCGAGAAAGCUGCUCUCGUCCCCGUGGAGACAUCCGUUUCCGAGAGCAACUGACUCAGACACUGGCAGCCUGGCACUCUGGAGCUGCGCUCGCAGCCGCCGGCGGGCAGCAAACCUCGUCUCUGCCUGCUGCCACAGAGGAACGGCUGCCCCGCCAAGCACCCUGCCCGGCUGACCUGGCUGUGAGGGGGUGGCAAAAGGGCAUUUGGCAUUUUGCUGCCUGGCACGGAUGACGCAGCCUGCCUCCUUCGUGAACCGGCGGCGGUGGCAGCUGCCCUGUCUCUUCCACUCCGGCGGGUGCCCACCUGUGGCUUGUCGCUGCCGGCGGAGAGGCAGAGAGAUGCGCUAGGAGGACUUCUUUGGCUGGCGCCAAAAACGCAGGUCCAAUGCCCACAUCCUGCCAGCAUCUGUGUGGCUGCAGCCGGGGCCCCGGCAUGCAGCGGGGGAAAUGGUACGGGGUUCGUUCCUACCUGCACCUUUUCUAUGAGGAUUGCACCGGAGCAAAUCUGGACGACGAACUGGAUUUGCCCCCAAAAUCUCCAGCCAGCAGCGGCUGGUCCUCUGUCCUCUGGAAGGUGACCCUCUCGGCUGGGACCCUGCUGCUGCUCAUCGGGGCCUCGGCUUUGGCCACGGGGUACCUCCUGCCCCCCAAGCUGGAAGGGAUCGGCGAGGCAGAGUUCGUGGUGCUCGACCAGCAGGCGGUGGAAUACAACCACACCUUGGGGAUCUGCCAGGCCGUGGGCGCGGUUCUAUGCGCCCUGGCCGGGGCCCUGCUGACCGCCUGCCUUCUGUCCUCAGGGCUGCGCAACUUGAAUGGAGGCAGCAAGCGGGGCCAGGAUGGUGAAGACCAGGAGGAGCAGCUGUCCCCCAUCUUGCGGGAGGGCUCCCCUGGGCAGCACCGGGGCGCCAUUGUCACAGCAGCUCCUGUGCCCUUCAGAGACCCCUGGGUGCAGAGCAUUCAGCCUAAGAGAGAGCCGUAAACCCAGACAUUUUGAGAGGGGAAGAAGCCAUGUGUCGAUGCCCACACAGGAUACCUUUCCAAGCUGUCGCUUCCCUCCUCGACCUGUUUGGUGCAGCGUGCUUUGAAGGUCAUGUUUCGAACCCAUGGCUCCCAAACGUUUUCACGGCACCGUCCCCUUGGUUCCAUAAAUUCACCCCCAGGGCCCCUUCCUAUUCUGAAAUGUAUCCCUUAAUAAGGGGACGUGGGUGGGGCUGUGGGUUAAACCACAGAGCCUAGAGCUUGCCAAUCAGAAGGUCGGCGGUUCGAAUCCCCGUGACGGGGUGAGCUCCCGUUGCUCAGUCCCUGCUCCUGCCAACCUAGCAGUUCGAAAGCACCUCAAAGUGCAAGUAGAUAAAUAGGUACCGCUCCAGCGGGAAGGUAAACGGCGUUUCUGUGUGCUGCUCUGGUUCGCCAGAAGCGGCUUAGUCAUGCUGGCCACAUGCCCCGGAAGCUGUACGCUGGCUCCCUCGGUCAGUAAAGCGAGAUGAGCACUGCAACCCCAGAGUCGGCCAUGACUGGACCUAAUGGUCAGGGGUCCCUUUACCUUUACCUCCCUUAAUAAACUUUGAAAUAACCCGAAACUCAGUCUCAGUUCUUCUCCCCUCAGUUUUGCUUCAAUUCAGCAAACCCUUCUGGGGCCGAGAAGAGUAAGUCUGCCAACUCUUUAAAGGACAGAAGCUCUGCGCCGGCAACAGCUGCAUGACAGGCAGCAAUUCAUCAGGCUAUCUCUGCACCGCUAUGCCUGAAGAAUCCGCACCGGUUGGAUUUCUGCCAUCUGCACAGUUCUCAAGGUCACAGAGAGUUUUCAGACAAGAAGGUGCCACCGGCGAUUCUCAUGCGCUCGUCUGUUUAAAUGGAAGGGACGCAGAGCCACCAGGCCUGGAUGACAGCAUUUCCCCUUUCUGGUUCAAUAAAGAUCAAAAUAAAGGAAAAUG